AUGGUGCAGAGUCUCUGUUUGAUGGCUUCUCAUCGUUACCCCCCUGGUCUUGUCUUACACUCACAAUUUUUACCCGGUACAAACCUCAAGGGCUACCAAACAUCCUUUCCUUCUCCCGUAGCAAAAGUAGACCUGAUCAGAUAUCAGUCUCCUCCUCUUAAGCAAAGCCCAUGUGAGGAGUCCAGGAAAUACCCAAAUGAAUGGUUUGAUUACAAUGAGUUGACUAAUGUUGAUUUCUCAGUUCAAAGUCCCGUGCUUAUUGAUGAACAAGCAAACUGCUCAAAUGCAGUUCUCUUUGGCUUUGGAAUUGUUGAACAAUGCACUAAGCGUAUUGAAAUUACAAAUUUACUAAUGUCUGAGACUGCUGAAGCAGGGAUAGAUGGAGCAAAUUUGUCUUUGUUAUCGGACUUGAUGAAAUUGCAGGUUUCAGGCAUUGAUGAAUCUCAGCAACCAUUGUCAUCUCUUAUAUACCCAACUAACAAAUUCAUCAUUCAGAAGAAGCCUUUACUUCAUUUUGUUCAAGAUUCAGCCCUUUCUUCAAAGAUCAUGGUUCAUCCAGAUGGUCAAAUCACAUUCAUGGGUAGUCCAAUUGAGUUGAAAGACCUUCUCUCUGUAGUUGCGGAGUCAUACUUAUCAAAAUGCUCGGCAAAGAGUGAAAAGAAAACUAUGCUUGUUCCACACUUCAGUUGGGUGAAUAUCAAUGAAUUAGAGAGAAGUCAUUCCUCCACAUUGAAGAAUCAAUCCACCUUAACUGCUCCCUUAAAAAGCCCAGAGAAACUCAAACUCAAGCCAUCACCAAGAAAGAACAAGAAAGGAGGCAGGGACAGGGAUCUCUACAAGAACUAUUCUCAUGCAUGUGAGACCCUUCUGUCCCUGAUGGUUGACAAGAAGCAGCGUGGCAAGACGGCAAUUCUCUCACUGAAGAAAUCCGGCCCUGAGCUUCCUGAGCUCCUGACACAAUUUUCUGCCGGCAUAGCUGGAACCGGCAUUGCGGUUCUGCUAUCUGUAAUGUGUAACAUAGCUUGUGGAAGGGCUACCUUCUGUGGUUCAAGCUUGUUCAACACUGGGUUUGGGUUGGGGUUGGUUUGGCUUUCUGGGGCAGUAAACAAGCUUAGGGCUACAAUUUUGAGCAUCAGCAAAAACGCAGGAAAGUUGGGUUUGAAAGAAGAGAAAAUGAUGCAGAAGCUGGAUAAGAGCAUAAGAGAUAUUUACUAUACUGCUGCAGCAUUGCUAGCAGUGGUAGUGCUGAGACUUGCUUGA